GCCCCCGCCCUGGUCCUCCCCCACUUGUGUACAGAGUGGCCUGGGAACGGCUCCACCCCACUCUUGGGUAUAAAGAGGGCCUUGGUGGCCGGCCAGGGCAAAGCUGCACUGGUCCAGGGCUGACGCAGGAGGGUACAGACGAGUGAGCGCUGCUGUGAUCAGAGAUGGCUCCUGCUGGUGUGGCCCUGAAGGCCACAGUCCUGUGCCUCCUGGCCUGGGUUGGCCUGGCCAUUGGCGACCGGGUGUACGUACAUCCCUUCCACCUCCUCUUCUACCCCAAGAGCACCUGUGUCCAGCUGGAGAAACCCGACCUGGAGACACCCAAAGAGCCGACCUUCACGCCUGUGCCGAUUCAGGCCAAGACAGCCCCAGUGGACGAGGAGGCCAUGCGUGCCCAGCUGGUGCUGGUGGCUGAGAAAUUGGAGGCUGAAGACAGACUGAGAGCCCAAGAGGUGGGGAUGAUGGCCAACUUCAUGGGCUUCCGCAUGUACAAGAUGCUGAGCGAGGCAUGGGGCGCAAACAGCGCGGCUGUCCUCUCCCCAACGGCUCUCUUCGGCACGCUGGCCUCCUUCUACCUGGGAGCUCUGGACCCCACAGCCAGCCAGCUGCAGUCAUUCCUGGGUGCACCUGGGGAAGACCAGGGCUGCACCUCCCGGCUGGAUGGGCAUAGGGUCCUCUCUGCCCUGCAGGCCACCCAGGGCCUUCUGGUGGCCCAGGGUGGGGCUAGUGGCCGGGCCCCACUGCUGCUGUCCACAGUGGUGGGCCUGUUCACAGCCCCUGGUCUGCGCCUGAAGCAGUCCUUUGUGCAGGGCCUGGCCACCUUUGCCCCUGUGGUCCUCCCGCGCUCUCUGGACUUGUCCUCAGACCCAGAGCUUGCUGCUGAGAAGAUUGGCAGGUUCUUGCAGGCCGUGACAGGGUGGACAACAGGCGGGCCUCUGGCAGGGGCCCGAGCAGACAGCACCCUGAUUUUCAGCACCUCUGUCCACUUCUAUGGGAAGAUGAAGGGCUUCUCGCUGCUGCCCGGGCCCCAGGAGUUCUGGGUGGACAACAGCACCUCAGUGUCUGUCCCCAUGCUCUCGGGCACUGGCACCUUUCAGCACUGGGCUGACGUGCAGAACAACUUCUCCGUGACCCGCAUGCCCCUGGGCGAAAGUUCAUCCCUGCUGCUGAUCCAGCCGCACUGUGCCUCUGAUCUGGACAGGGUCACAGCCCUCGUCUUCCACCAUGACUUCCUGGCCUGGAUGAAGAACCUGUCUCCCCGGGUCAUCCGCCUGACCAUGCCCCAGCUGGAGUUGCAAGGCUCCUACGACCUGCAGGACCUGCUGGCUCGGGCCAAGCUGCCCACGCUGCUGGGAGCAGAGGCGAACCUGGGCAGGAUCAGUGAUGGCGACCUCAGAGUGGGAGAGGUGGUGAACAGCCUUCUUUUUGAACUCAAAGCGGAUGAGGAAGAGCAGCCUGCAGAGUCUGCCCAGCAGCCCAGCAUGUCUGAGGCCCUGGAGGUGACGCUGAGCAGCCCGUUCCUGUUCGCCAUCUAUGAGAAGGAUUCGGGUGCCCUGCACUUCCUGGGCCGUGUGGACAACCCUCUGAAUGUGGUGUGAGGCCCUGCAAGGCCACUGUGCCUGGCCAUCCAAGUUGAGGCCAGCAGAAGAGCAAACCUGGCAGAAUCGGCCACCGGUUGCCACCUUCUCCUCCCCGCCCCUGGUGGUUCAGCAUGGCUCCUUGCCAACGUGGCACCUGAGCAGACACAGGUGUGAGUGGAGAGUGAGGGAGGCACUGUGCUGUACCAGGACGAUUCUUCAGAGGGGGAGUCUGAACAGAUCCACUGUCUCUGAAACCAAAGUGUCCUCUUCUAAUAGAAAUUGGGCUUUAAGAUUAAAACACAUGUUGUCUCAUU